AUGCCAUGUCCCUUCAUCAUCUACGGCUGCCCACGAACCUCCUUUGGCAACAAGAACGAAUGGAAGCGACACAUCCAAACCAAGCAUAUGCAACUCGAGUACUGGCGCUGUCAACAAUGCGAAGAAGAAACCCCCGAGAAGAGUAAGAGUAGUAGUAGUAAUAAUAGCAAUCGUAACCGUAAGUCAACAAAUGACUUCAAUCGCCGAGACCUCUUUAUACAACAUCUUCUUCGAAUGCAUCCCUUUUCUGGCGCAAGUUUCACUGCACACAAGAACAACAACAACCCUGCAGCAACCGGAGAAAAAGCAGCACCAAGACCCCCCCGCAACAACCUCGAACAAAACUACCUCACAACCGAAGCCUCAAUUUGCCACCACCAAUCUCGUCUCCCACCCACCACCAGUCGCUGUAUCUUUUGCUCGCAAAAUUUCCAAGGCCCGGAGAGUUGGGAGAAGAGAUUAGAGCAUGUAGGGCGACAUUUGGAGGAAAUGAAGAGAGGAAAUGUGGAAGUUGUGCCGCCGAGAGAGUGGCUUGUGGAUCGGGAGUUGGAGGGGUAUUUGCUUAGAGAGGGAUUGGUGGUGUGGAGGGGAGGAAGGGUGGUGUUGGUUGAGUGA